AUGCCGGUACAAGACAAGCUCGGGCCACCUGGCGUCAGCCCCUUGUCGCGCAACCCUGGACAGGGACUGACCGAGCCUGACUUGCGAGCCUCGGUCGUUGGCUCGUUGGCUUGUGCCCGCCGCCGCCCACCUGCCCAGCGUAAACCCGCGAGUGGCCGAAACCAGUCCAGGAGACCGGAGGAGUCUUCAGGGGGGGCUGUCGUCUGCAGGCGCCCCCAGCGCGUCGUGGUCCAGUCCAGUCUCUGGGGCACGGCACAUGCGAGGCAGCUGCAACGCGAUGCGAUGCAGUGGACCAGUGAGAAACGAUGGACGAGAGGCAGGUGUUGUUUGAAAAGCCGGUCGGAGAGGAUGAUGACGAUGACGGUGAUGAUGAUGGUGAUGACGAUGGUGAUGAUGAUGGUGAUAAUGAUCAGGUGUAGGGGUGAUGCAGACGAGAUAAAAAGAAGAGGAUGA